AGCUUCGCGGCGGGGAGGGCGGGCGGGAGCGAUCCGGCGGUACGCGGUGCCCGGCCUCCAGCCGCCGGGAGCCCCGCUGCCUUCUCCGCGUUUCCCCGGGAAACGGCUUCGGGGAAGCCCACCCCAGCCCCUCCUUGUGUUUUUUUUUUUUUUUUGAAAUUUAUUGAUUUUUUUUAUUUUGUUCUCUGUUUCUAUAUUUUUCUUUCUUUAUUUUUAUUUUUUCAUUAUUUUUUUCUCUUUUUUCUUUAUUUUAAUCCCUAUUUAUUUAUUUGUUUUAUAUAUAUAUAUAUUUUUUUUUUUCUCUUCCUACUCUUAAACGUGCCAGGUGAACGCUUCCGUGCGCUGUAGCGAGGGAGGGGGGGAAGGAGAUCGACAUCGCCCCCCUCCCCCCUUUUUCUUUUUCUUCUUUUUUUUUUUUUUUUUUUUUAAUUUCCCUUCCCCGUCGAAAUCGAGCAGCAGCAGCCCCCAUCCCAAAAUGGGCUGCACGCUGAGCGCCGAGGACAAGGCGGCGGUGGAGAGGAGCAAGAUGAUCGACAGGAACCUGCGGGAGGACGGCGAGAAGGCGGCCCGGGAGGUGAAGCUGCUCCUCCUGGGAGCUGGUGAGUCAGGGAAAAGCACAAUUGUCAAACAAAUGAAGAUUAUCCAUGAAGCUGGUUAUUCAGAAGAAGAAUGUAAACAGUACAAAGCUGUUGUCUACAGUAACACCAUUCAGUCCAUUAUUGCUAUCAUUAGAGCAAUGGGGAGGUUGAAGAUAGACUUCGGUGAUCCAACCAGGGCUGAUGAUGCUCGUCAACUCUUUGUGUUAGCUGGAGCAGCAGAAGAAGGAUUUAUGACUGCAGAGCUUGCUGGUGUUAUCAAAAGACUGUGGAAAGACAGUGGAGUACAAGCUUGUUUCAACAGAUCUAGAGAAUACCAGCUUAAUGACUCUGCUGCCUAUUACUUGAAUGACUUGGACAGGAUAGCACAAACCAGCUACAUUCCAACCCAGCAGGAUGUUCUCAGGACUAGAGUGAAAACUACAGGAAUAGUGGAAACUCACUUUACUUUCAAAGAUCUUCACUUUAAAAUGUUUGAUGUUGGAGGCCAAAGAUCAGAGCGGAAGAAGUGGAUUCAUUGUUUUGAGGGUGUUACGGCAAUUAUUUUUUGUGUGGCAUUAAGUGACUAUGACUUGGUUUUGGCUGAAGAUGAGGAAAUGAAUCGGAUGCAUGAAAGCAUGAAGUUGUUUGACAGUAUCUGCAACAAUAAAUGGUUCACAGACACUUCUAUUAUUCUCUUCCUGAACAAGAAAGAUCUUUUUGAAGAAAAAAUCAAGAGGAGUCCUCUCACUAUUUGCUACCCUGAAUAUGCAGGAUCAAACACUUACGAAGAAGCAGCUGCUUACAUUCAAUGUCAGUUUGAAGAUCUUAACAAGAGAAAAGACACAAAGGAAAUCUACACUCACUUCACAUGUGCCACAGAUACAAAAAAUGUGCAGUUUGUUUUCGAUGCUGUAACUGAUGUCAUUAUUAAAAAUAACCUUAAAGACUGUGGCCUAUUCUAAGAACAGAGAAGAGAUUGUUAAUUGGUUUGAAGAACGACUUCGCACAAUUCUAAUCUGAUUGGUUUCAAGUUGAAAGAAAUACAAAAUAUGUUGUGCUGAAUGAUAGAUCAGUACUGUACUUGCCUGUUUUAACAGCUUUAUUUAUGUUUGUCUUGUAAAUUUAAGUAAUUAGGUAACACUGAGAUGUCUUUUGACUGUAUGUAAACUUGUAGUAAUGUAUUUGUAUAAACGUUGAACGGAAUAUUUUAGUAACUUGGUGUCCUCUAAAAUUUCCAUGGUUUAUGAAGAUACUGUUAGAGGAGACAGACACUUUUUGCCUUUGGAUUAUUUAAACAUCUUGUAAAAUUAAAUUUUCUUUUCAUCUUGAGGGUGCAUGCUGCCUUACUACUUUCAUUGGUAAUACUGUAUAUGGUGUUAGCUUUUUUGAUAUUUAAACAGCCUCAUACACCUGCUCACGUUUAAAGAAACGUAACCAAUAAAACUUGUUUUUUUU